GUGCACUUGUCUGGCUUUCUCAGGACCCAGGAAGCUUCCAGAGCAGUGGGAGCCUCGUUGCUAGCAGCCCAGGAUGAUCCUGAAGGCUGUGAUCCUGAGCCUGGCCCUGGUGGCUGUGUCUGGUGAUUCGGAAGAAGCUCUAGUUGACUUGCCCGUGAUCACUGGUGAUGAGGUGGCCACCGUGAUGUGGGACUACUUCAGCCAGCCGAGCACCAAUGCCAAAGAGGAAGAGGAGCAGAAAUCUGAACUGACCCAGAGGAUAAAAACCCUCUUCAAAAACCACAUCUGGUCAAGACUCACAAAGCAGCCCUUCACCUACGACUUGGAGGAGCUGGUGUCCUUUGCUGUCAGCCUGCACCAAAACCUCACCAAGGACUCAGAGAAGCUGAAGGAGGAGAACCGGAAGGACCUGGAAGAGCUGCGGGCCAAGAUGGUGCCCCACGCCCAAGAUGUGAGCCAAAUCAUCGGGGACACCGUGCGCCAGUUGCCGAGGUAUGCCUCUGAGUACCCUAAAGCAAUAGACCGCGAUGUCGAUUUGCGGAGUUGGAUGAUGGAUGUCCGUAGUAAGGACAUCAUAAAACCCAUAGAGACAGCGCUUCAUGACCAGGCAGACAACCUGCAGACCCUGCUGACUUCUGCCUUUGACCAGACUCAGGAACUGAUCAGGUCGGGCAUACUUCAAUUAGAAUGGUUGCAAAUCACAUACAUAAGGGAACUCAAGAGGAAACUCAACCACACUGUGGAGGAGCUGGGCCGCAGCCUGGCCCCUUUCGCGCAGGGCGUGCAGGAGAAGCUCGACCACCAGCUGGAGGACCUCUCCUUCCAGAUGAAGAAGCACGCCGAACAGCUGCAGGCCAACGUCUCUGCCGGCUACCAGCAUUUGUGGCCACGGCUGAAGGUCCUGAUACAGGAUGCGCGGGAAACGCUGAGGGGCCACACGGAGCAACCAGACAAGGCACUGGCCGAGCUGUACAAAGGACUGGACCAGCAGCUGGAGGAAUUCCAGCGCUCUCUGGCCCUGUUUGAAGAGCCUUUCUCACAAGGGAUGGUGCAGCUGGUGAAUAUGUUCGGCCAGAAGCUGGGCCCCAACCCGGGGCACGGGGAAGACCAUUUGAUCUUCCUGGAGAAGGACCUGAGGGGCAAGGUCAAGCCCUUCUUCCUCCCGAUCGGGAAGGAGAAUUAUGAGAAGCUCCAGGCCCUGGGGAAUCAGGGCAAGAACCUAACCCUCUUAGAGCAGGUACAGAGCCCCGCCGCUUCGGAGCAGAGCCCCGCCCAGUAGGCGAAAAGCCCCGCCCCUCGCCACAAAACCCGCCCCAUUAGAGCAGAGCCACGCCUCCUCAAAGCAGAGCCCCGCCUCUUCAGCCUAGCCCCGCCCUUUGGCGUAGAACCCAUUCCUUGUACCCAGAAAACUGCCCCUCUGGAGAGCUUAGCUGUCCCUGGUGCUCCGGCUCCUCCCAUGCCAGAGACUCCUGCCUGCCCUGACCAUCUACGUGCAGGUCCGACGUCAGUCUGUCUGAUUUGAGCUUGGGGACAUGGGACACGUGGCCUGUGGGAAGGACCUUACCUUUUGCU